AUGGCUCAAUCUAAGCAUAUAGACAAAGUUCUUGAUAGGUAUAGUGAUGAAACUAUUGCAAAUAACCGUUUAAGGUUGAAGACAUCUAUUAAUGCUAUUCGAUGGCUUGCAUUUCAAGCAUGUGCAUUUAGAGGCGAUGAUGAAAGUCCUGGAUCUUUGAAUAGGGGAAAUUUUAUUGAGUUAAUUAAGCUUUUAGCUUCCUGUAAUCAGAAUGUUAAUAAUGUUGUCCUUGAAAAUGCUCCUGGGAAUGCUCAAUAUAUAUCUCCCGGUGUUCAGAAAGAUAUAUUGCAUAUCUUUGCUAGAAAAGUGCGUGCAACAAUUCGAGAAGAAAUUGGUGAUUCUAAAUUUUGUAUAAUUAAUGAUGAAGCAAGAGAUGAGUCAAAGCGAGAACAAAUGUCUGUGGUUUUGAGAUUUGUAGACAAGCACGGUUGUGUUCAAGAAAGAUUUUUUGAUCUUAUACAUGUUUCUGAUACAUGUUCUUUGACAUUGAAAACAGAAAUUUCAUCAGUUCUUUCUCGUCAUAAUCUUGAUGUCCAAAAUCUUAGGGGACAAGGGUACGAUGGAGCUAGUAAUAUGCGUGGUGAAUGGAAUGGAUUGCAAGCUCUAUUUCUGAAAGAUUGUCCUUUUGCUUAUUACAUUCAUUGUCUUGCUCAUCGAUUACAAUUAGCACUUGUUUCUGCAGCCAAAGAAGUUUGUUAUGUUCAUCAAUUCUUUUCAAAACUUACUCUAAUUAUGAAUGUUGUGACUGUUUCUCCUAAACGUCAUGAUCAGUUAAGGGUUGCUCAAGCAAAUAAUGUUGCAAACUUAAUUGCUAAUGAUCAAAUUGUGACAGGUAGUGGACUUAAUCAAAUUGGUACUUUGCAAAGAGCUGGAGAUACUAGAUGGGGGUCUCAUUUGAAUUCUGUACGUAGCUUGUUAUGCAUGUUUGAUGCUACUUGUGAAGUUCUUGAAAAAAGCACCGAAGAAGGUAAUUUCUCCACUCGUGGUGAUGCUAGUGCUGCUUAUGAUGCUAUCACAUCCUUUGAAUUUGUCUUUGUUUUGCAUUUGAUGAGAAAUAUUUUGGAAGUUAGUCAUGAUCUUUGUCAAGCUUUGCAACGAAAAAAUCAAGACAUAUUGAAUGCUUUAACUCUGGUUUCUACUACCAAGACUUUAAUCCAAAGAAUGAGAGAAUCAAGUUGGGAGGCUUUCAUAAAAGAAGUUAUACUAUUUUGUGAGUAA